CCAGAUACCAGUGGCAGGAAUUCAGACAGUUCUGGAACUGAGACUGAUGACAGUGAUGACUGGAAACAGACCAGAGAACUUCAGUCAAGUUUUAAUUCUCAAAAAAAUACCAGUAUUGUUCAUUCAGGUUUCAAAGUUUCACCAGUUUUUGACAUCAUGCCACCAAGGAAGAAGGGAGCCAUGGUCAAGAACUCUACCACUGGCCACGGCCAUGGAUGGGUCAGAGGUGCUGCAGCCCAAGGAGCCCCUGAAGAGCCAACUCCUGUUGAAGAUGUCCCAGCACCUUCAGAGUCUGAAGCUGAGUCCACAUCCCCUCCCCCUGGUUCCCCGAUAGACAUAAUCACUGAGGUUCUUCAGCCAGCAGCACAGUUCUCUGUUGAGAGUGAUAAUGAGCUUCCUCCCAGUGAGGCUGCCACGUCCCAGAAGAAGCGCAAGAGGGAGCUGGUGACAGCUGACUUCACAGAGGAGCAGGAGCAGGAAAUGGUUGACUGGCUCAAGGCCCCUGAGCAAGAUUGCAUCCUCAACAAAAAGCACCGCAACUACAUCAACAAGGGCCUGAAAGAAACACUCUGGGAGCAGAAGGCCAGAGAGAUGGGCAAAGCCAGUGACCAGCUGAAGAAGUGGUACAUCAACAUGAGAACCAGGUUUGGCAAGCUGAAGCAGGCUCCCUCAGGUUCUGGCAGCAAUGAUUUAACUGCAAGGGACUGCUGGAUACUGCGCCGCUUCGAAUUUCUCAGCCCCCACCUCGUCGUCCAGGUCAAAAAGAGGGUCACUGUCAGUAAGAAGGCCAAGGUUCAACCCAGGGCAGCUUCGACUGCCACAGCAGGAGCUCCCCAGUCUGAGUCUGAGUCUGAUGCCGCUGAUCAUCAUCCCCCUACAGCCGCUCAGUCUGAUACAGACACGUCCUUGGGGUGCAGGUCCAUGGCUAGUGAUGACAUUGAGGCCACCAUGAGCAACAUUGCUGAACUGCAAAGACAGCUGCGAAACAAGCUCUCUAAUACUGAGAAGUCACCCCUGCAACGCCAGAAAGACACCUUUGCUGACUACAUGAAGGAGGUCACCUACACAUUCCCUCCCCCCAUGUGGCUGAGGUUCCAGAGUGAAGUCAGCAGCCUAUUGCAGAGGUAUCAGUUUGAACUUCACCAGGUGCCUCCCACGCAGACUCAGCAGCAGCAGUAGCAAGAUGAGUUCCUCAUACUCUCUUGCACCUAUCCCUGAGCCCAGCAGCCAGCAGUGUUCUUCAGUGGGCUGGAAGCCUCAUCAAUCACAGUGGCCAGGACAGAUCACUGACGACUUCUGUCUGGGGCUCCCAGGAGGCCAGUCGGGUGCAGCCACAGUUCCAGCAGCAGCUUCCGGUCAGACCACAAAGUGCUCCAUCCACCUACUCUGCCAGCACCCCACUGCCACUGCCUUUAACAGCAUCCGUUCAGAGACAGGUUAUGGGGAACCUCACUGGCCUGAGUGAAACUAGCAGUAGUGCCAACAACAGCUUGACCCAGAACUCAACACCUCUCAUCCAGUUGUGCCCUCCCACACCUACCCAGCAGACUAAACAGAACAGAGUUAUGGAGGAAAGGAGUAGUUAACCCUCUGGAUUCGACUGAUGAGCCUCCGUGUCAAAAGUCACAUGACCUAAUUAAGCGUACGUAGCACACAA